CACCAUUGUUGAUUGUACACCAUAACAAGUCUUGAAAAUUGUGUUCAAAACUUUUAACUGAACUGAAAACUUUCAAUUUCAAUUAUUAAAUUACACUAAUGUAUAAUUUUUAAACACCAUUUUACAAGAUUACUUUUAAAGAAAGACUUAAAAAACUUUUUACGAAUUCUCUGUUUUAACAUUUCAAUUUUAUUGAAUGAGGCAGUGAUCUAUUUUUGGAACUUAUAAAGAAACAUUCCAAACAACUAAAAAUGAGUUCACAGUUCUUGUUUUAUAUCUUUAUUAUUGCAACAAUUAAGUCAGUUUUUUCGAUAAACUGCUACCAAUGUUCUGGAACAGAUUCAGAUAAUCCAUUUGAAUGUAAUGAAUAUUUAGACUCUGAAACAGGACUAGACCCAACAGAUUGCUCAUUAAUCCACGAUGCUCAGUACUGUAUCAAACAUAUAGGCAGAUUUGAAGGAAAAGCAAUAGAAUGCUACCAAUGUAACUCAACAUCAGAUAUGGAAUGUGGUGAUGGUCUUAUGAACUUGGAUGGAGGUAUUUUAAAAGCCAUAUCAUGUGAACAGGUGUACAAUGCUCAGUAUUGCAUCAAAGAAAUAGGUGGUAUUGGGACAAAAAGAUAUUGUUCAUCUUUGGAUUUAGGUAAUCAGUGUAAAUACGUACAGCAGCCCGGGGAUAAGCUUGAGUACAGAACUUGCAUCCACACUUGUACCACCGAUGGAUGUAAUUCUACCGUUAGUUUGAAAAUGUCAGCUAUAAUAUUAAGCAUAGCUUUAGUUUUAUUUAAAAUUAUUUCUUAAGUGUUAUCAUGUUAUAACUAUAUUUUUUACUGUUUAAGUACUAAAUCACCAAUUUUUGUAUAAUACAGUUACCUGAUACUGUUUAAAACAUGUUUUCUAUAUACUUUUGUUAUUGUGAAUAGCUUAAUUAUAUUUUUUAAUGAAUUGAGACAGCAAUAACUAGUGUUCCGUCCAUGUAUAAUAUUUUUUCUAAACCAAUAUUUAAGUUGUCUUUUUUUUAUCAUCAUGACAUUUUGAUUUAUGUUACUCUUUUUACAAGUAAACUUAAAAAAAUAAUCUGUAUUUUUUUUUAACAUUCUGUAUAGAAAUUGAGAUGUUCCAAAUGAAAAAUAAGGUUUUUAAAGCAACCUCAUGGGUGAGUCAAGCACAAUUGCUUCUGAUUUCAUAUUUUGCAGAUAAAGCUGCUU